ACAGAGAUACACCAAGGCAACCUGAAGACAGGGUUACACCAAGAGAACCUGAAGACAGGGUUACGCCAAAAGAACUUGAAGAGAGGGUUACACCAAGGCAACCUGAAGACAGGGUUACUCCAAGUGACAUUGAAGACAAGCCACCAAUGUUGCUCUCUGCUGAGCGUGAUUUAAUAUUUAUGUUGGACUCAUCCAGCUAUGUUUCCGAGUUAGAAUUCCGCAAGCAGAUUGAUUUUGUGACAGAUUUUCUAAGAAACGCAGACAUUAACGGUGGCAAAGUGAGGGUCGGCGUGCUGAGGUUUAAUAACAAGGUAACAAUGCCCGUCCAGCUUAACACAUACGUGUCAAAGGUUGAUCUACUCAAUGCCAUUGAGAAUAUCAAAUAUGAACCAGGAGAUUCAAAUAUUGCAGGAGGCUUGAGGGCGGUCAAGCGAAAUAUGUUUACCAGACCAAAUGGAGAUCGUCCAGAUGUUGCCAACUCUGCCAUUCUUGUUAGUGCUGGACAGUCCAAACUCUUACAGAAAUGGGUUAGACCGGCUUCCAAAUCUGCUAAGCGAUCAGGAAUUUCCAUUUACGGUGUUGGUGUUGGCCUUGGCGGAAUCAAAGAGUUGAACUCAGUCGUGAGCAGCCCUGUAAACAGAUACAGAUUCGUGGCACCUAGUUUCAACAAACUUGAUGUAAUCAAAGAUGAUCUGUCAUUUGCAGUGUUUGGGGAAGUAAUAACAACAACUGAAAGAUCAACCGCUACAACAUCAUUUUUAACCAAACCUCAAAAGAAAAUUAUAUCCACUUGGCAACCUGAAGACAGAGUUACACCAAGGCAACCUGAAGACAGGGUUACAACAAGAAAACCAAAAGACAAAGUUGGAGACAAAGUUACGCUAAGACAACCUGAAGACAGAGUAACACCAAGGCAACCUGAGUACAGAGUUUCACCAAGGCAACCUGAAGACAGAGUUACACCAAGGCAACCUGAAGACAGAGUCACACCACGGCAACCUGAAGACAGGGUUACCCCAAGACCAAGUGAGGACAGAGUUACACCAAGGCAACCUGAAGACAGGGUUCCACCAAGAGAACCUGAAGACAAAGUUACGCUAAGGCAACCUGAAGACAGAUUUACACCAAGGCAGCCUGAAGACAUAUUUUCACCAAGGCAACCUGAGGACAGGGUUACACCAGGGCAACCUGAAGACAGGUUUACACCAAGAGAACCUGAAGACAGGGUUACACCAAGGCAACCUGAGGACAGGGUUUUACCAAGACAACCUGAUGUCAGGGUUACACCAAGACAACCUGAAGAUAGAGUUACACAAAGACAACCUGAAGACACGGUCACUCCAAGGCAAGCUUUAGACAGAGGUACCACAAGGCAACCUGAAGACAGGUUUACACCAAGACAGCCUGAGGACAGAGUUACACUAAGACAACCUGAAGACAGAGUUACACCAAUGCAACCUGAAUACAGUGUUACAACAAGAAAACCAGAAGACAAAGUUACGCUAAGACAACCUGAAGACAGAGUAACACCAAGGCAACCUGAGUACAGAGUUUCACCAAGGCAACCUGAAGACAGAGUUACACCAAGGCAACCUGAAGACAGAGUCACACCACGGCAACCUGAAGACAGAGUUACCCCAAGACCAAGUGAGGACAGAUUUACACCAAGGCAACCUGAAGACAGGGUUCCACCAAGAGAACCUGAAGACAAAGUUACGUUACGGCAACCUGAAGACAGAGUUACACCAAGGCAGCCUGAAGACAUGUUUUCACCAAGGCAACCUGAGGACAGCGUUAAACCAGGGCAACCUGAAGACAGGUUUACACCAAGAGAACCUGAAGACUGGGUAACACCAAAGCAACCUGAGGACAGGGUUACACCAAGACAACCUGAUGUCAGGGUUACACCAAGACAACCUGAAGACAGAGUUACGCCAAGGCAAUCUGAAGACAGGGUUACAGAAAGACAACCCGUAGACAGAGUUGCCCCAAGGCAACCUGAAGACAGGAUUACACCAAGAAAGCCUGAGGACAGAGUUACACUAAGACAACCUGAAGACAAAGUUACACCAAGGCAACCUAAAGACAGAGUUACACUAAGGCAACCUGUAGACAGGUUUACACCAAGGCAACCCAAAGACAAGUUUACACCAACGCAACCUGAAGACAGGGUUUCACAAAGACAGCCUGAGGACAGGGUUACACCAAGGCAACCUGUAGACAGGUUUACACUAACGCAAACUGAUGAUAGGGUUACAGAAAGGCAACCUGAAGAAAGGGUUACACCAAGGCAACCUGAAGACAGAGGUAAACCAAAACAACCUGAAGACACAGUUACACCAAGUCAACCUGAAGACAAGGUGACACUAAGGCAACCUGAAGACAGGGUUACCACAAAGAAACCUGACGGCACAAUUACACCAAGGCAACCUAAAGACAGGCUUACACUAACCCAACUAGAAGACAGGGUUACACAAAGGAAACCUGAAGACAGGGUUACACCCAUGCAACCUGAAGACAGGUUUACACCAAGGCAACCUAAAGAUAGGGUUACUACAAGAGAACCCGAAGAUUGGGUUACAACAAGACAACCUGAAGACAGGCUUCCUCCAAAGCAACCUGAAGACAAGGUUACACCAAGAGAACCUGAAUACAGGGUUACACCAAGGCAACCUGAAGACAGAAUUACACCAAGACAACCUGAAGACAGAGAUACACCAAGGCAUCCUGAAGACAGAAUUACACCAAGGCAACCUGAGGACAGAAUUACACCAAGACAACCUAUUGACAGAGAUACACCAAGGCAACCUGAAGACAGGGUUACACCAAGAGAACCUGAAGACAGGGUUACGCCAAAAGAACUUGAAGAGAGGGUUACACCAAGGCAACCUGAAGACAGGGUUACUCCAAGUGACAUUGAAGACAAGCCACCAAUGUUGCUCUCUGCUGAGCGUGAUUUAAUAUUUAUGUUGGACUCAUCCAGCUAUGUUUCCGAGUUAGAAUUCCGCAAGCAGAUUGAUUUUGUGACAGAUUUUCUAAGAAACGCAGACAUUAACGGUGGCAAAGUGAGGGUCGGCGUGCUGAGGUUUAAUAACAAGGUAACAAUGCCCGUCCAGCUUAACACAUACGUGUCAAAGGUUGAUCUACUCAAUGCCAUUGAGAAUAUCAAAUAUGAACCAGGAGAUUCAAAUAUUGCAGGAGGCUUGAGGGCGGUCAAGCGAAAUAUGUUUACCAGACCAAAUGGAGAUCGUCCAGAUGUUGCCAACUCUGCCAUUCUUGUUAGUGCUGGACAGUCCAAACUCUUACAGAAAUGGGUUAGACCGGCUUCCAAAUCUGCUAAGCGAUCAGGAAUUUCCAUUUACGGUGUUGGUGUUGGCCUUGGCGGAAUCAAAGAGUUGAACUCAGUCGUGAGCAGCCCUGUAAACAGAUACAGAUUCGUGGCACCUAGUUUCAACAAACUUGAUGUAAUCAAAGAUGAUCUGUCAUUUGCAGUGUUUGGGGAAGUAAUAACAACAACUGAAAGAUCAACCGCUACAACAUCAUUUUCAACCAAACAUCAAAAGAAAAUUAUAUCCACUUGGCAACCUGAAGACAGAGUUACACCAAGGCAAACUGAAGACAGGAUUACACCAAGGCAACCUGAAGACAGAGUUACACCAAGGAAACCUGAAGACAGAGUUACACCAAGGCAACCUGAAGACAGGGUUACAACAAGAAAACCAGAAGACAAAGUUGGAGACAAAGUUACGCUAAGACAACCUGAAGACAGAGUAACACCAAGGCAACCUGAGUACAGAGUUUCACCAAGGCUACCUGAAGACAGAGUUACACCAAGGCAACCUGAAGACAGAGUCACACCACGGCAACAUGAAGACAGAGUUACCCCAAGACCAAGUGAGGACAGAGUUACACCAAGGCAACCUGAAGACAGGGUUCCACCAAGAGAACCUGAAGACAGAGUUACGCUAAGGCAACCUGAAGACAGAGUUACACCAAGGCAGCCUGAAGACAUAUUUUCACCAAGGCAACCUGACGACAAAGUUACACCAGGGCAACCUGAAGACAGGUUUACACCAAGAGAACCUGAAGACAGGGUUACACCAAGGCAACCUGAGGACAGGGUUUUUACCAAGACAACCUGA